AGAGGUGGUGGUUAGGGGCUCAGCCCACGGCCCCCAGCUCCCUCCCUCUCGGAGAAGCACGGCCUGAGAUCCGCGCGCCCGGAGAUCCCUUAAAAGGGCCACGGUGAAAGCCACAGCCGAAUGGGACCGCUCCUCCUCCUGGGCUUGCACCUGCGGUCCAGUGCUCGCCGUCCUCGUAGUCCUUCCCAGCGAGGGGACGGAACGGGAAGGCAUUAGAGUAUCAGCCUCUACGGGACUCCGGGCAGCUCGGAAGAACUCGAAUGCCCAGAAGGAGGCCGAGCUGGGAGUGCAGCCCUAGAAGAAAAGGGGCAGGCAUCGGAAGGCAUAUAAAUGGCCGGGAGGUCCUGGCCCGAGAAUUUGCUGAGCCGCUCUGCACCUGUCCAGCACCAUGACUCCGGCUCCGCGCUGCGCGUGCGCACUGGCCCUGCUGUGCCUGCUCUCGCUGCUGCUGCUGCCUGAGCGCACCGCGGGUGACGUGCUGCUUCUGGCUGUGGACACCCCCAGGCCCAGGGUGGCCAGGUGGCUGAACCUAGGCCCACUCAACAAGUACGUGGAGAAGAUCUUCAGCGGCAGACGUGUUCCCCAGUUCGAAGAAAUACAAAACCCCAAAGAAAACCGCCGACACCACGAAAUUCCCUCCAACGAACGCCACGAAGUCGCUGCCGCCGAGCACCGCGACCCCGCGACCACCCGCCUCAUCCCAGGGCCCCAGGUAGGAGCCCCUGGACCCUGCUGGCACCGAGUCGGGGGCCUCAGAACCGGGGCCACGUGGACGGGCCCUGGGGGGUCGGGGGGAUCCCUGGGCCCCAGAGAUGUUCUUCUCCAGGCCUGGCCCUGCCCUCUGGAUGCCCGACCCCUGAGUGGCCACCAGCCCCUUUCGUUGUGAGACCAACUCUUUCCACCCCUGGGGUGAGAACAAUAAAGCAGCAAAAGCUCUGUG